AUGGAGGACAGGAUUCAGUUCGAUAUUAACGAGUCACUCAAAUAUUAUUUGAGCGACCCGGCCUCUGUUCCCACAAACGAUGCCGACCCGGAACUGUUGGAUUGCGAAAGCGACCUCGAGCAUUUAACGCCAGCAUUGAUCGAUAAUGUGCUCAAUCCCAUUGUAGACGCUGUGGCUGAGAGCCCCGAAGCAUUGGCGAGACAGUCUUUUUUUGACUCGCUGCAAUUCCUUCUAAAGUGCGCGAUGGCCCCUUCUUCGUUCUCCGAGUUUCCUGGCCAUGGUGGAACCCUUUCUGAACUUCUGAAUUCCUGCAGAUACUCGUCUUUCCUCCCUACGAAGUCCCUCAGCAAACUCCUCGAUCUGAUAGUGUCCGGGCUGUCUCUCGAAACAGAUAUUAUCCAUGGAGACCUCGAAGCUGAGGAACAGGAUGCUAUCCAGCACCAUAAACAGCUAUUGGAGAUGUACGGCUUCUUGCUUCAAUGGGCUCUCUCUGCUGUGGAAGUCAAAGCGGCAGAAAAGCCCGCGGAGGCUGCGCCUGCUCGGAGAGGUGCAGGUAAAUCGGGAAGGUCCAAGACCAGCAACAGGGACGGUACAUGGGACUGGACAGCGCAGAUUCAGAUAUCCAUGGAGACGAUGUGCAAAGUGAUGAAACUUAAAUUAAGCAGGAUUUUCAUGACCACAUCGGACCGCGACACUUUCAUCAACUUGUUCACCCGUGCGAUUUAUCUCAUCUUGGAGAGCGAGCAACGGGUCAAGAGCCUAGCGAUUCGAAUGCAUGCUUUCAAAGUUCUUUGCAUUGCUUCAUACACUCUUCGUUGCGCGGUUGUUGAGGUUUGCGGCAAUCUAAUUGCGGACCUUAGCAGACAAGAAGAACGCAGUGAGAAUUACAAAACUCAAAUCAAUGCGUUCUUCGAUGUCUUAGAAGAGAGAUUUCUCGACGUCAAUCCCUACUGCCGUUGCCGCGCCAUUCAGGUAUAUAUGAGGAUCUGUGACCUCGAGCAGAAGUUCCCCAAAAGACGACAGGCAGUUGCGGAGCUGGCGGCAAGGAGCUUGGAAGACAAAAGCAGCAAUGUGCGACGCAAUGCGAUCAAGUUACUUGCGAAAUUGGUUUCUACGCACCCAUUCAGUGUAAUGCACGGCGGACAGCUUUCCUACAAAGAGUGGGCAGCUCGUCUCGAGAAUGUCGAUGCGGAACUUAAUGCAUUACGGCCACCUGAGACCCCCGGCUUUGACGGUGGCGAGGCUUCACAUGUCGACAGCGAGCUGUUAGACGACGCGACCCAGAUACCUGAAGAUUCCCCAUCGAAGGCACCACGCAUGACCGAUGCCGAAAAAGCUGCCGCCAUCCAAAGGGCCGCGGAACAGGCAGCGACUUCCGAACUACUUGCACGACUACAGCUGACUAGAAAGUACUACAACGAAGCCAUCCGUUUCAUUGAGGUACUUCACUCCGCCUCAGUAGUUGUCUCCCAGCUCCUGUCUUCUCGAAAUAAGAGCGAAGUCAUUGAAGCCAUGGACUUUUUUGUGGUGCUCGAUGCAUAUAAGGUCGAGACUGCACGCAGUGGCAUCAGGCGCAUGCUGCGACUCAUCUGGACCAAAGGGAACAGCGAUGAAGGCAAAGGAGUCCAAACCCAUCUGAUUGACUGCUACAAGGGUUUGUUCUUUGAUGCGCCGGACUCGUUCGGUCCCAAUGAUGCCGCAAACUACGUUGCUCGGAACAUUAUCAGUUUGACCUUUGGCUCAACACCUGCGGAGUUGACAUGCCUUGAACAACUGCUCAGUACUAUGAUGAAAGCCGGUCACAUCUCGGAUGCGGUUAUUGCGAAGCUUUGGCAAGUCUACGGUGUCCAGCGCAAAGAGAUUUCCAAGACUCAACGGCGGGGUGCCAUUAUUAUCCUCGGUAUGCUAGCCCUUGCAGAUCCAGAAGUUGUAAUCAAGGAGACCGAGGUUAUGCUGCGCAUCGGUUUGGGCAACAUAGGCAGAAGUGAUCUGUUGCUUGCGAAGUAUACCUGCAUUGCUUUGAAGCGAAUGGUGCCUGGACGUCAGGCGAAAUCGAAAGAUGCUGGUAUUCCCAAGCUAGCAAAUGAUCACCCAGUUCUCAGCAAGCUUGCCGCCAUGGUCGAAAUUGUAUCGGACAGCAAAGAGUGGUAUGGGGUGGCAGAGCAAGCCAUUGGAGCCAUAUAUACGCUCUCAAAGCAUCCAGAUGUCCUCUGCUCUGAUAUUCUAAAGCGUAAGACUAGGGCUGUGUUUCAGCCGCAGCUGCAACGGCCUUCUUCCACGGCCUCUGGCGAUGAAGAAGAGCAGCGCCCUGGAACAGCCUCCACUGAUGGUCAAGGCCCGCGGCCAAGGACAUCUUCUGCCGCACUGUCUCAGUUGCUUUUUAUUGUCGGCCAUAUCGCUAUUAAGCAGAUUGUCCACCUUGAGCUGUGUGAACUUGACUUCAAGCGUCGCAAGGCAGAACAGGAGAAGCAUAAGGCUGCCAAUACAGCCGCUCACAAGGACAAUCAGACGGGCGAGGAUGAUGAAUUGGACCUGAUUGGUGGGACGACCGAAGAUGACUUCACGGAGGCUAUGUCUCACAUUCGAGAACGGGAGUUGCUAUACGGAGAGAAUUCUCUCCUGUCGAACUUCGGGCCUCUGGUUGCGGAGAUUUGCUCUAAUAGUAACGCCUAUCCCGAUCGCAACCUUCAGGCGGCAGCCACUCUGUGUAUGGCCAAACUGAUGUGCGUGUCAGCCGAGUAUUGCGAAAAGAAUCUCCCCCUCUUGAUCACCAUCAUGGAGCGCUCAGAGGACCCGACCGUCCGCAGUAACGCGGUCAUUGCUCUUGGAGAUAUGGCUGUUUGCUUCAAUCAUCUCAUCGACGAGAACACAGAUUUCCUAUAUCGUCGACUCAAUGAUGAUGAUGUAUCCGUCAAGCGCACUUGUCUGAUGACACUCACAUUCCUUAUUUUAGCUGGACAGGUCAAAGUCAAAGGACAAUUGGGCGAGAUGGCCAAAUGCUUGGAGGAUGAUGACAAACGCAUCGCUGAUUUGGCUCGCAUGUUUUUCACGGAAUUGGCGACUAAGGACAACGCAGUGUACAAUCACUUUGUCGACAUGUUCAGUCUGUUGAGUGCUGAGCGGAAUCUUGAAGAGACUGCUCUGAGACGUAUCGUUAAAUUCCUGAUCGGCUUUGUUGAGAAGGAAAAACACGCCAGGCAAUUGGCCGAGAAACUUGCUGCUAGGCUGCCUCGAUGUGAAACUGAGCGCCAGUGGAACGAUGUGGCUUAUGCUCUGUCCCUCCUGCCUCACAAGAACGAGGAUAUCACAAAGACAAUAAGCGCAGGUUUCAACAAAGUUGUCACUGCAAAAUCUUGA